ACGUCAACUGACUGCUUUGCCAUUCUUGCCGCUGGUACUGUCUUGCCAACGCAGCGCCACAACACGGCCUCGUGGCUCAACAGGGAAUUGACCUAACCUCUCUCACUCUCGCAUUGUUUGCGGGUGAUAUCAACCACGGGUAGUUCGUCUGUCCGCAAGAGAGAUGUGUGGCAUCUGGGCGUUGUUUGGGGUCUCUACUGAGUCUAUAUCAUACACAGAUAGUACCUUCGCAAAGAUCAGACAUCGUGGCCCUGACGCUUGGAAAAUUCAGUAUGACAACAAAGUCAAGUGUGCGUGCCUUGGGUUUGUACGCCUAACUAUUAUCGACAAUGUGUAUGGAAUGCAGCCCAUGACUCUACAUGACUACCCCCACCUCACCCUGCUGUGUAAUGGAGAACUAUACAACUACAGGAGGCUGGAAGAGCAGUACAAGUUAAAGUACGAAACUCGAUGUGACGUGGAGUGCAUCAUCCACUUGCUGGCCACAAGGGGGGUGGAGUUCUGCGUGCAGCACCUGGAUGGUGUCUUUGCGUUUGUGCUGGUGGACAGCAAAGCGCAGCGUGUCUACGUGGGCCGGGAUCCCUUUGGUGUGCGGCCACUUUUCCGCCUCUCCUCCGACGUUGGCAUUGUUGGUUUCUCGUCUGAAGCCAAAGGUCUGAUGGAUCUGUCCAGUAAGAUGAAUGGAGGCCGAUGGAAGGUUGAACAGUUCCCUCCAGGACACUUUGCAGAGUACCAACUGAACAAGGAUGGCACAGCCACACUGCUUCGGGAACAGAGGUACUACACCAUUGGCACACCACCUGCAUUCCAGACCUUGGUGCCUUAUUCAGAACUGAAUGAAGUAGACACUCACGCCAACAUCCGAAAGUUAUUGACGUCUGCUGUCCAGAAGAGACUGAUGGCAGAAAGGAGGAUUGGGUGUUUUCUAUCAGGAGGCUUGGACUCCAGCCUUGUCUCCGCCUUGCUGGUCAAACUAGCUAAAGAAGCCAACAUUCCUUACAAAAUACAGUCAUUUGCCAUCGGGAUGGGGGAGAGUCCAGACAUCCUGGCUGCGAGGCGUGUGGCACAGCACAUCGGCUCUGAACACCAUGAGGUCUCGUUCUCACCUGAGGAUGUCAGUCAAGUCCUAGACGACGUCAUCGUCUCCUUAGAAACUGCUGAUAUCACAACUGUGCGAGCAUCUGUUGGAAUGUUCCUGAUAUCACGUUAUGUGAAGACUCACACAAACACCACGGUGCUGUUCAGUGGAGAAGGUGCGGACGAGCUGGCGCAGGGCUACAUAUACUUCCGGGAUGCACCAAACAGUGCUGAAGCUCACCAGGAGAGCUUGCGGCUCCUAGGAGACAUACACAAAUAUGACGGGCUGCGUGCCGACCGCACCACUGCUGCUCACAGCCUGGAGCUUAGGGUACCAUUCCUGGAUCUGCAAUGGACCCAGUACUACCUGAGUCUUCCAGCGGAGCUGCGACAACCACAAAUGGGAGUGGAGAAACACCUGUUACGAAGUGCCUUCAACAACACAGGACUGCUGCCUGACAACAUCCUGUGGCGACACAAGGAGGCCUUCAGUGACGGAGUAGCAAGCAUCAAGAAAUCACUGUUCCAAGUGAUCCAGGAUAUUGUGGAGGAUAAGGUAUCUGACGAGGCUCUGAAACAAGCAGCAACUCGUUUCCCCCACUGCACACCAACCACCAAGGAGGCCUUUUACUAUAGGGAGAUAUUUGAGAAGCAUUACGGUGGACAAGCCGAGUGGCUCAUGCCGUACUUCUGGAUGCCCAAGUGGAUUGACGUGACAGAUCCGUCUGCUCGCUUCAUCAAACAUUACGCUGCUGGAUCAGAAGACCAAGCCUGACCUUGUGCAAUAAAGAUUCCUCUGUUGUAA